UUCUGCGUUGCUUCCUUGUGUCCUCGAUGUCUCGCGGCCUCCACUUUCUCUUCUAUCUUCCUCUCGGAUAUUCGCUACCUAAUGUCCUGGCUGCUGAUGAGGCGUCCGAACAACCAAAAAGACUGACAGAGCCGGCGGCUCGGCGCUCCGCAACAAGGAGGAAGGCGUUCUUCGCUCCACGUCUUUCUUCGUUUCCGCGAAAUCUCCUCGCCUGUCUGGUCUCUCUUUUGUCUUCUUUGCCUUUCGGCUCCUCUCGGCCGUCGCUGCACUUCAGGACCUUCCGGUUCUCCUGACCGCCGCAGCGAGGGCGGUGUCUCCGACUUGCUCGCGCUCUGUGUCCUUCCCGUUCCCCGUCUCUUCUCCAAGGUUCUCUUGCCUCUGUUUCGUCUUCUCGCAUCUACCGCUCGACGUUUGCCCUCCCCCCUUCCUUCGCUUCUCGCCCAGAUCUUCCUCUGUGUGUAGUCGCCGGACUCCUCUGCAUGCGUGUAUCUCCGUGAACGCGUCGUCUCACUUCCCUGCCGUAUCUUCUCGGUCUCCUCCGCUGCUGCGCGAGCCACCGUCAUCUCCGUUUCUCUUCUCUCUCUUCUUCCUCUUCUUUCUCUUCUUCCCAACUCCUCUUUCCUGCUUUAAAAGGCGACACAAGCUCCACAGGCCCCCUACACACACACACAGUUGCAUGCAUGUAUGUUUACAUGCAUACCUAUGAUUCUGUCUAUUCAAGUGCGAAUGUAUAUAUAUGUAUAUAUAUAUAUAUAUAUAUGUGUAUAUGUAUGUAUGUACAUGUAUAUGUAUGUCGUGAAAAUCUGUAUAUCUAGAUAUGUGCAUUCUUGCUUCAGAGGGAGAGAACUGUUCUCGCACCAAAAGUUCAGGAAGAUCCGUUCUUCUCUCUCGGUCUUCCAUCUUCUCGCGCUGUCGUCUUUCCAGCCCAUUUAGUAUCCACGCGCAGCUUUUCGUCUCCUUGUUUCUCCACUGCGUGUCUUCUCGCUUCGCGCGCCAGCCAUUUUCUCUGGUUCCUUGUCUCCUCCUCGUCUGUGUGCUCGCACUCUCUCGACGCGACCGUCCUCUGGCGAGCAGGGGAUUGCCGCCUCGCCGCUUGCGCCUUCGGCAGAGAAGGAAUUUGCUCUCGAAGACAGACGCGCCGACGCAGAAGGGUGACGAGUGCAGAGGGGAGGAGAGGAAACGGACUCUCCAACUUGGAGGCACAGUCCACUUUUUAGAUCCAUUGUUUCCUGAUGAAUUGAAACACUGAGGUCUUUUGGAACGAGACGGGGAAACGAGGAAAAUAUCGCAAAGAGAACACGAUGGAACUCGAACGGAACUGCAUGCUGUACAUCUACAGCAGUCGGGGGGACGCGCCUUCGACCGCGGAGCUGCAGAAGAAAAUCGAAAGUCCCAACGAGGCGACGAAGGCAGAGGGCAUGCAAGACCUCAUCAUCGGCAUGACGCAGGGAGAGGCGUACACUCGGCUGCUCAUGACGGUCAUUCGUUACGCAAUGCCGAGCAAGGAUAAACGAGUGAAAAAACUCACACAGCUUUACCUUGAAAUCGUGGGCAAAUGCAGGCCUGACGGAUCCCUCAAAGAGGAAAUGAUUCUCGUUUGCAACGCGCUGCGGAACGACUUGAUGUCUCCGAACGAGUACGUCCGCGGUUCCACGCUGCGUCUGCUCUCGAAGAUUCGUCAAUUCAAAGUUCUGGAGCCUCUCGUCGAAGCCAUUCUGCAAAACCUCACACAUCGCCACAGCUAUGUUCGCAGAAACGCCGUCAUGUGCGUUUACUCCAUUGUGAAGAACUUUGGGUUGGAUGCGAUUCCAGCCGCGAUUGAUCAGAUCGAGCAGAUGCUUCUGUCGGAGGGCGACUUGACGACGAAGCGCAACGCCUUCCUCGUGUUGGUGCACUGUGCGAGCAAACGAGCAAUUCAAUUUAUUCUUCAACAGCGCUCUGAAGACGGCACUGGUGGCCUCGGCUUCCUGCUGAGCUCAGGCGACCUCUUUCAACUUGCGCUUCUGGAACUCCUCCGGAAAGUCUGCCGGCAAAAACAGCAGCAAAAAGCUGGCUUGCUGCGGCUGAUCGUCUCCAUUCUGCCGAACACCCUGCCGUCGGUGGCGUACGAAGGCGCAUGUUCGCUCCUGGCGCUGUCGAGGGCGCCGGUGUCUCUGAAGGCUGCUGCAGGCGCGUUCGCUUCGCUCCUCUGCGGGAACAGCGACAACAAUGUGAAGCUCAUUGUUCUCGAUCGACUCCAGGAGUGCGUCCAGAGAGCAAGUCGCCGAACGAUGGAGGAGUUCGUCAUCGACCUCCUCAGAGGCUUGCAGACGCCGUCGCUCGAAGUGCGUCGCAAGAUUUUGGACCUCGUCCUGCAGAUCGUCGGAAAGAACUCGGUGGAGCAGUUGCUCAAUGUCCUGAAGCGCGAACUGCUUCGCACGGCAGAGCCUGAGCAGCUGACGGUGCCCAGGACGAUGGAGUACCGCAGACUCCUCAUCAAAGCGGUGCACUCCUGCUGCACGCGUUUUCCGGAGGCGGCGGCCUCGGUCGUGAACGUCUUGAUCGACUUCCUGGGAGACCCCGAUGUGACCACAGCGACCGAAGUCGCCGUCGUCGUUCGCGAGCUCGUCGCAACGUGUGUGCACCUCCGUUCGCGCAUCAUCUCGCGCGUCGUCGACGCCUUCCCCGACCUCGCACAUGCCAGAGUCCUGCGAGUGUCGCUGUGGAUGCUGGGCGAAUUCUGCGAAGACUCCGAGCUCCUCGAUUCGUUCCUGACGGCGGUCUACGCAGCGUGUUCUCCUCUCCCCUUCACCUCAGGCGAUUCCGGCGGCGCGGAAGGCGAGCAGCGCAGCGGCUGUCAGCCGAAGCUGAAAAUGACGACUCGAACGGUCGUUCUGGAAGACGGAACGUACGGAACUGAGGAUGUCUACGAAAGUGUGAACGAGAAAGGAGACUCUUCCGCGAAAGCCGGGAAAACGGCGCUACGGAAGUUCAUUCUGGGCGGCGACUUCCUUCUCGCGUCAACGGUGGCGGUGACAUGCGCGAAGUUGAUUCUGAAGACGAGUGACGAAGUGCAUGCGCAGCUGGUUGAGGAGUUCGAAAGACAUCGGGAAGCUGUGCAGGAGAAGGCCGGCCGCCGGACGCUGACAGGAGAUGCCCAGGCGCGAGAAACGCUUCUGGAGAGACAGGAACUCGAGGGAAAAGUCGCGCCAGUCAAACUCCGAGCUUCCACGGAGCAAAAGACGCGGGUGCUCUACCUCGUGGCUUGUCUGCUCAAGUUCCUUCGCCUCUCUUCCUCAGGCGCAGGCGCACACUCCGACGCGGCGAUUCGAGUUUGCCAGAGUCUCCGGGCUCUCUGUGGGCUGAUGACCGGUUUGGAGAAGGAGAAGGCCUUCGUCCGGCACUGGGUCCACCACGGGAGAUUCGCGCUCGAGCGCGUCCUGGCCCUCGGUCCCGUGAGCGACGAUCCUUUUACGUGGAACCUCAAAGACGCUGAAGACGAGAAGACGGUCUCGGCUCCCGACGACCUCGCGUUUUUCCGACAGCUGCGCCCCGAUCGUCAGUCGUUGAUGGUCGCGUCUGAAGGCGUCGCGGCGGUUGGGGAAGACAGCCUGGAGGAAGACGAAAUCUACUAUUCUGCAUGCGCGGGACUUGCGCGCGGCGCCGAGUUGGAGGAAGUCGACGAAACUGAAGCAGAUCUGCAACUGACUGUCGGCGGCGCAGGCGGAACGUCUCCUUCGCUCUUCGGAGGCAACGCGAAAGACGACGCUGCUCUCUUUCAACAGAGACUCGCGAAAGUUCAACCCAUCACUGGGCAAGCCGAUCCGUUGUACGUGGAGGCAUUCUUGCAAGUGAAUCAGUUCGACCUCCUCGUCGAGAUGCUCGUUGUCAACCGCACUCAAGAUUCUCUCCAGAACGUGACGGUGGAGCUGUCUACUCACGGAGAUCUGAAGUUGGUGGAGCGCCCCGCGCCUGUCUCGCUCGCUCCUGGACAGCAGGCGGUGCUGCACGCGCCGAUCAAAGUGCGAAGCACAGAGGCGGGGAUCAUUCUGGGCUACGUCACCUUCAGUCGGCGCGGGUCCUCCGACAAAGAAUGUCUUGUGUUGAACGAACUGCACAUCGAUGUCCUCGACUACAUCGAGAGACGGUGGACGUGCGAACUGGCGUUCCGUUCCAUGUGGGCCGAAUUCGAAUGGGAGAAUAAAAUCCACGUCAAUACUUCUUUUACCGACGUUUCCGAGUUUUUGGAGCAUCUGAUGAAGAUGACAAAUCUCACGGUGGUGGGCUUCAGGCCGCCAGCGAGCGUCAUGCGUCGGCUGAAGUUCUCAGCUGCGUGCGCUGGGUUGGACGAGGCAGAGAGAGCAGCGGGAGAUGGAGAAGAAGACGAAGAUCGCUAUUUGCAGUCCGUGCGAAAGAUCCCCACACUUCGGAAGCUCUCCGAAAGCUCGUCCUUCUUCGCCGUGAAUCUGUACUCCAGAAGCAUCUUUGGCGAAGAUGCCUUGGUGAACGUGAGCAUUGAAAAGCUUCCUGGAGGCAAACUGGCAGGAAGCAUCCGCAUUCGCAGUCGUACUCAGGGCAUCGCUCUCAGCCUAGGAGACCGCAUCACAGUUGUUCAGCGCGGUCUGACCAAGUAAAGAAGGCGACGCACCGCGGAAUGUCGGCUGCCGCGUUUCUCUUCCAGGGGAACGCGAGGGUUCUGCGGAACAUGUUUUCAAUGGGUGAAUGAAUGCGUUAGCGCUCAAGUCCCGAGGUGGUGGCGUUCAUGUGUUCGCAAGCACUUGCACUGUUGACGGACUGUUUCUUGAACUGUUCUGGGAAGCGAACUGGUCGGAGAUGUCCUUGUGGCUUCUGCCGAAAAAAAAGUUCAUCGAAAUCCAAAAGAUAACCCUGUGAGGGGCGGAACAACGGGAAGCCUCUAUUUUUCGUACUCAAAAUACGUCUCUGGUCAAAGGAUCUGCGAUCCAGAACGUUGGAGCGGACUUCCGUCACUAGAUUCUUGAGGAAGAUGUUCACACGGUGCUGCAUCUCUGCUCGGUGUCGUGCGCCUUUCCCCGUGGCAAAAAGGCUACAAACGAAGAACGCGCUCACGGC